AUGCCUCCUUCCCAGGAUUUCAAUGCUUGGUACCUCGAUGUCAUUUCCCAGGCUGAGCUUGCUGAUUACGGCCCUGUUCGUGGUACCAUGGUUAUUCGACCAUACGAUUAUGCCAUUUGGGAAGCUAUUCAGGUUGACACCGAGUAUCCCAUACCAAUCGACUUCACCAUUUACCUUGUUUUCUGCAGAUAUGUACACAUCAACAAUGGUGGACAUCUGAGAGAUGCCAUCAAGAUCAGAACACAGGUUAGUGGUCAAAGAGGAACCCUUUGGUGGCAUGCUCACAUUGCUUGGCAGCGACCAACCAUCUAUGGUGCAAUUAUCAUAUACCCUCAUAUGCCUUACACAUUCUCAACUCCAAUCGAAGCGGAAAUCCCUAUAAUAUUCGGUGAAUGGUGGAAUUUACCUGUUGAAGGAAUAGAAACUGAAAUGAAACAGUAUGGUAAUGGUCAUAACUCAUCAGAUGCUUAUAUAAUUAAUGGUUUGCCUAGAUCACUCUACCGAUGCUCUAUUACAGGUAUGGAGAAUGCCAAAAUUGUGGGUUGGAUUUCUGAAAUGCAUUUCACAAACACAACCACAACCACAUUCUUUUCGUGUUUUAUUAAAACUAUGGGCUGUAUUGAAGCUUGGAUUCUUGGAAAAAUGUAUCAUGUGGAAACAGAAACAUAA